GGGUCUGGCCACCAGACUCCUCCUGCACCAAAGUGGCGCCUCUUGUCCUGACGUAACGCCGGUGCGGCGCGGUGCAGGCCGGGAGGUGGGUGUCAUGGCGCCGUGGUGAGGCGUCCCGGUGACGGGCGGACGGACCGGGCCUCUCGCCAUGUCGAGCCUCAACAAGUCGGUGGAGCUGCAGCUGCAGGUGCGGCACCAGGCCGAGGAGCUGCGCGACUUCAUGCGGGAGCUGGACGGCUGGGAGAAGGACAUCAAGAAGAAAGACGAGGAUCUCCGGCGACAGAGCGGCGCGGUGCCGGCGGCGGACCCGGCUUUGCCACCUGUAAGAAAUCAAGAUUACAAGAAAAAAACAAAUAAAAAGCCUGUCUCUCAGAACAAUAGGAAGAAUGAAGAAAAGAAAGCUACUAGAAUAAAAUCUUAUGAUUAUAAAUCUUGGGAAAAAUUUGAUGUGGACAAAGUACUGCAAGAUCUGGAUAAAAAUGACAGCACUCCAGAGCCCGAUACAGAAGAGGAAAUAGAUGCAGAGAAAGCUCUUGCUGAGAAAGAAAAGGGCAAUAAUUACUUCAAAGAGGGAAAAUACGAUGAAGCAAUGGAAUGUUACACCAGAGCCAUGACAAUGGAUCCAUAUAAUCCAGUAUUCCCUACAAAUCGUGCAGCAACUUUCAUAAAGAUGAAAAAGUAUGCUGUAGCAGAAUCGGACUGUAAUUUGGCAAUUGCACUAGACAAGUCCUUCUUGAAAGCCUACCUUCGAAGAGGUGCUGCUCGUUUUAAACUGAAUAACUUGCAGGGUGCAAAAGAAGAUUUUGAAAUGGUGCUGAGCUUGGAUGCAGAAAACUUUGAAGCUUCCAAUGAACUCAGAAAAGUAAAUGAGGCUUUAGCACCAAAGCAGUCUAAUAAAGAUGAGAAUCAGUCAAACAAUGAAAAAAUGGAUGCCAGUGAAGAAAAGAAAGUGACUGAAGCACAAGCAAAGCAACAAGCCAUUUUUGAGAAAGACUUGGGCAAUGAUUACUUUAAACAAGGCAAGUAUUUAGAAGCAAUUGAAUGCUACACCAGAGGGAUGACAGCAGAUGGCACCAAUGCACUUUUACCAGCUAAUCGGGCCAUGGCUUUUCUCAAGCUUGAAAAGUUUGCAGAGGCAGAAGCUGACUGUAGCCAAGCAAUCUUGUUGGAUAAUACUUAUUCGAAAGCAUUUGCACGAAGAGGAACUGCCCGUUUGUGCCUUGGGAAGUUAAAGGAAGCAAAAGAAGAUUUUGAAAUGGUCCUGAGGCUGGAACCAGGAAACAAGCAAGCUUUAACUGAACUUGGAAAAAUAAAUAAGGAAUUGGCUUUGCAAGGGGACACACUUCAGAAAUCUUCAGGAGAGAAAGGGGCUGCUCCAAGGCUAGUCAAAGCAAUUGAUAAGCCACCUCAUCUAAGAUCUAGAAAACCUCUUAUCAGGAUUGCAAUUGAAGAAGUUGGGGAUAAAAUGAGUAAUGUUAAGGACACGCCAGCUGCAGUAUCUUGUUCUUCUGAUCUUCCUGUAAAGCAAACAUCUGCAUUACUAGCUCCUGAAGCACCCAGUGCCAAAAUCCUUAAAAUUGAAGAAUGUGAGGGCUCUCCAUUAAUUUCUAGCGGGAGUGGACAUUCAGGUGCGCCAGACAAGCAGCCAGAUAAAGGUGAAGCUGUUGCUGCAGUGAACUCGGCCCAGGUGAAGAAACCUGAAGCCUCUUUGCUUCCACAUAAUGUAACUAUUCCUCUAGCCCCUGCCAACUCCUUUCAGCUCGAAGCAGACCUCCGCAAGUUGAAAAAUUAUCCAGAGAUGGUCCAUAAGUAUUUAAAGCAAAUUGAGCCCUCCUCUUAUCCACAACUGUUUCAAAAGUCUUUGGAACCUGACAUUAUGAAUCACAUUUUAAGGAUCCUUCAUGAUUUGUACAUCAGGUUUGAAGAACCUUCCCUAAUUUUAGAUGUCCUGAAGAACUUAUCAAAUGUAAAGCGAUUUGAUAUGGCAGUGAUGUUCAUGUCAGAUCCUGAACGAAAAGUUGUAAAAGAACUAUUUGAUCAUCUACAGAAAUCUGGUGUUGAAGAAGCAUCGCUUACAGCAUUGAAGAGCAGAUACAGUGUUUGAAAGAUUAUUUGAUUUAGCCACAUUUACUGAACUGUCUUUUUGUACAUUAUUUCCCCCAUUAACAUCUACUUUAACAAUGUUAUCCCAUGUAUGUAUGCAAUAUUUCUUACAUGGUCAGUCUCACUUCUUGGUUGAUAUUGCUAAAGAUGCUGGCACCGAGCAUUCGUUGGGAGGUGGGUUUUUGGAAUUUUUGCCAUAUGUCUAGUUCGGCUGAGACUGAGGAACGUUAUCCAAGGGGAGUACUAUGGUACUUGAGAGACUUCAUGGUAGGAUUAUAGGGUGCAUGAGCUGAGGAGUCACUUUUUGCUGUAAGAAAACUUUCACCCACAAUUUUACUUGAUUUAGUCUUUCUUUGGCAAAUUAAAUCCAAACUUGAUUUAUUUUUCUGUUUGUGUGUUCUCGCAUCGUUUUUCGAGGUGUUUGAAAGAUUUAUUUAAAUAUGUUGUUAAUAAAGUAGGCCAAGAAUUUUUGUCUAGUAUUUAUCAAGUCUCUUGUCAAUUUUUUGAUCCAAGUAAAAUUUUAAAUACAACAAAUUAUCAAUCUGAAAUUUGUCAUGAACUCUGUUAUUUAGUUAGCCUGAACUUUAGUUAAAAUGUACAAACAUUAAAAAUUUCUAUUUGUACUUU